UUGCUCCAAGUUCACUCAAGUUCGCUUUUUUAUUAAUUUUUAUCACCAAGGAGAGAGGAAAUUUUUUAAAAAAAUCAACUUUAGCCAAAGCAGAUCAAGGAAGUGUAGAACUUCAUCUAACAUUAGCUUAACGAUUGUGCUGUUUCUUUUUCUGUUGGAUGGGGUGAGAUUUUUCUCUGCGGUAGCAGCUUUGUCGCUUCGCUCUUGGUCAUGAUGAAGAUCUUGGACCUACAGAGAUCAGUCAUCGAAUGUUUCUCACCGCUUUCAGUCUUCCCCUUAGUCUCUAGUUAGAAGAACAUGAGUGCCAACAAAAUGGUGGGCACUGGUCUGGAGGAGAUCGGUGUGCCCGGGCAAGCAUACUUGCGGGAGGCUCUUACGAGUUGUACAGAUCCGCUCAAAGCUAUCGAAGAAUUUCAGCUUGAAAAUGGUAUUUUGCUGCCCUCUCUACGACAGAUGUUACCCUUAUUAGACUUACAUGGUGUUCGGAGAUUAGAUUUUCAUACAUCUGUUCUGGAGGAAUUAAGAGAUAAAUUAGUUAGUCACAUUAAUGAAGUGGGUCAAACUGAAGGCCGUGAAAGGGACAAGAAACUGAAAGAACUUCUCAUCAAAAGUUUUCCACUAGUUAAAGUAAAAGCCUUGCGCCCUGUUGUCAUGGCAAUUCUUAGAAAUACCAAUCACAUUGAUGAUAAAUAUCUACGAGUAUUGGUACGAGACAGAGAUUUAUACAAUGACACUGAUACAGAAGUCAAACGGCAAAUUUGGAAAGACAACCAAUCCUUAUUUGGUGAUGAAGUUUCACCUCUUCUUACUCGCUACAUCCGGGAGAAGGAAACUAUUCUGUUUGAUCAUACAAACUUAACUAAUCUGUUUUUUACGCCUUCACCAAAAGUGCGACGGCAGGGUGAAGUAGUUCAAAAAUUGGCUCAUAUGAUUGGCAGUAGUGUUAAACUGUAUGACAUGGUGUUACAGUUUCUGCGUACACUAUUUCUCCGCACACGGAAUGUGCACUACUGCACUUUGCGUGCUGAGUUACUCAUGGCUCUUCAUGAUCUUGAAGUUCAAGACAUAAUCUCAGUAGACCCUUGUCACAAAUUCACCUGGUGUCUUGACGCUUGCAUCAGAGAGAAGAAUGUAGACGUAAAGAGAUCCAGAGAACUUCAAGGGUUUUUGGACAGUGUCAAGCGUGGACAGGAGCAAGUGCUUGGUGACUUAUCCAUGACUCUGUGUGAUCCAUAUGCAAUUAAUUUCCUUGCAACAUCUGUCAUUAAAAUUCUACAUCACCUUAUCAAUAACGAAAGUCUUCCUAGAGAUAACACUGUGUUGAUUCUUCUGCUUCGAAUGCUUGCCUUAGGUCUCAGUGCUUGGGUCAUGAUUGAUUCUCAGGAAUUCAAAGAGCCAAAAUUAGACAAUCAAGUCGUUACAAAAUUUUUACCUGCCUUGAUGAGUCUCAUAGUUGAUGAUCAAGUUCGUGGUCUCAAUAGUAAAUUACCACCAGAUGAGCGAGAUGCAGCCAUCACUAUUAUUGAACACUCAGGACCUCCUCCGGACGCGUGUUUGAAUUUUGUUCAAGAAAAUAGUGUAGCCAGUAUCAUAGCUAUGUAUUACACACUCCAUGUAGCAAAACUGAAGGACAAAGUAGGCCUCUUGCGUGUAUUAGGUAUCCUAGCGCACUGUGAGAAUGAUCGUGCAUUUGAAGACCCAUUCCUACAUUUUCUAGUUUCACUCCUUAUCCAACAAGCAGACGAGUUUGCGCAUGAAGACUUUUGUACUGUGAUUUUUGAUGAGUUCUUUUUCACUGGACUUGGGCGGGACAAUGUACUUCGACAUAUGUUAAAACUCCUCUGGUACAUCUAUUCCAAACUGCCACCUAAUCGACUUAGCACCCUUAUGAAAAUUUUAGAGCCCAAUUCUCAGCAAAACGAAUCUGUAGACAGUUUAUAUGAAAUGUUAGUGGAGAAAAUUAAUGGGAAUCAGGAACCUACAUCUCAAGAGGCGACUCCACGAAAUUUAGACUAUCUUGAAUCCCCUUUAAUGAGUGUGCCAACUCCAAAGCCUUUAUAGUCCUUUAGCUUAGUUUCUGCUCCUUAACUUUUGUUGAACAUAGAAUAGUCAUGCAAGUUAUUUUCUUAAACAAAAUUGUUUGUUAAAGGUAGAAUUUCUUGGUAAUGUAAAAAUUCAUCUGCCAGUGCUUAAAUGAUUGAAAGUCAUGGAUCUUCUCUAGGAGAUAUUGAACAGAUUUUUACAUUGCUGAAGUGCUUAUUGUGAUUUGGCGAGGAGUCUAAGUAAGCAGGUACUGAGAACAUGAAAAUACCAGCUCUUGACAGCUGUGGUGCAAUGAGCCACAGAUCUUGGUGCCACGCUCAGAUCUCGCCCAAAAUCUGGGCUUAAUUUUUGGACCUCACAGUUGUUGGUCUUAAAAAUGAACCUAAAAAAUCCAGUGACAAGUAAUUACCGUGCUUAUAAGAAGGAUUUUAAGUCAAUCGACCAAAGAUUUUUGAAGUACAUGUUUGGUGAUAAACUUCGCACCAAGCAAGCAAGUCCUUAUCAAGACUGUGGAGAAUACUAAGUUUACGAGGCACAUAGUCUAAGAGGUAGCCAAUUUGGCUGAUUAAUGUAUUGUAGCUAUCAAGAAAUAUUUACAUCCAGUUGUUAGAUUGAAUGUAAGAUGGUAGUAAGAGCCUCAGCUUCCAUUUUUCAUCGUAUUAAUAAAAAAGAAUGUUUCAAUAUUUUCAUUUUCAUUGUUAUUAAUUGGGUCAUAAGAAAAAAUAAUCUGUGUAAAUUAGGACGAUAAACAUGAUUUGUCAUGCUGUCAGGUACUGUUUCACGCAAGGUGAAUAUCAAACAAUAUGAUAAAUCCAUCGAUCCACUGGUCUUUACCCCCUUCAAAAACAUCUCGAAAACCUUUUUUCUAGAUAGAAUUCAAGAACAGUUACAUGAUUUUUAUUGCAUUCCAUUAGGGAGAAGAAUGUAGUUCAGCGAUACUGCAGGUUCUGACACCUGCAUCUAUUCAAUACUCUGUUCCAUUGUCAUUUUGGCAAGAAAGGAUCUCUGUUGCCAAUGUGCUACACAGUAACGGUCCCCAAUUUUUUCUCCUAGUCAGUUUAAUUUUGUUUGAGAGGAAUAGAACUUUAUGAUUUUAGUUAGCACAUGAUAGGCAUCAUUUUCGUUACAGGAGCAGCAUCUUAAGUCAACUUUUUUUUUAGUGUAAGAACAACUACAUAGUGUUAAGAUUUUCUUUUUACCAAUUUUGUACCUUUAAACAUCUAAUUUUUUUUGGCAUUUUUUUUUUUUUACGAAUUUGCUCCUUUAAGUAUAGUUAAAAGAGGUUUCAAAAUGGUUGAUGUUAAUGUUUUCAAAACCUUUUUUUCCCCCUUAACUUUUUGAUCUUAAAAACCUUUUUGACUUUCUUAAAUGAAGAAAAUUUCUGAUUCAGAUACUCAAAUUUUUAUUACUUUUAAAACAAUGCCAAAGCUGAUUGUCAAUUUGAAUAAAGUAGGUUUAGAGUAAACGAAAAAAAAAAAGGCUGGAACACCUUGAGCAAAAAUGGUAUCGUCUUUGCAUUGGUAAUUAUUCUGUUUGAGUAUGAAAAUAUCAAUGUAUUUUUAGCAGAAUUUGUAUAACUUGCAGGACUAGAAUUGACUGCAAAUUGUGUAAACUUUUUUAUUCAAUGAAGAAUAGAUCUCGUCUAGAUGAUAUUCUUUUCAUGAUGUCAAUCAAGUCUCAACCUACAAAAUAUAAUUUUUUUUUUGUUGCAAAUUGCUUUUCUCUCUUUCUCUGACGUUCAUUAGUUGUUAAAUAUACUUAAUUUACCUAUCCGUGGAGUAAUGUAAAAUUAGAUAGGUUCAAUCAAAGUUUCAUUUGUAAAGUAUUUUAUUACCUACUGUAUUAUUUUGUGUAAAUAAAAGUGCAAUCACCAAUCAGA